CCCCUCUUUUAAGACAAAGACAUGUGUAAGUACGAGAGACUGGUACCGACAAGGGCGGACGUGGAUAAGCGCCCAUGGCAUUGUGGUCUUAAGCUUUCCUGUGUCAUGGCGGCCACAAAGAGACUUGGCAAAGAACUUGAUGAGCUCAGAAAAAGCGGUACUAAGACAUUUCGCGAUGUAAAGGUUGAUGAAUCUAAUAUAUUGUACUGGCAAGGGCUGAUUGUACCGGAAAUGCCUCCUUACAAUAAAGGAGCAUUUAGGAUAGAGAUCUGCUUUCCUGCAGAGUACCCAUUUAAACCCCCAAAGAUCACCUUCAAGACUAAGAUCUACCAUCCCAACAUAGAUGAAAAAGGUCAAGUCUGUCUGCCUAUUAUUAGUCCAGAGAACUGGAAGCCUGCUACAAAAACAGAACAAGUCAUUCAAGCUCUCCUUGCAUUGGUCCAUGACCCAGAGCCAGAACACCCCCUGCGUGCUGACCUUGCAGAAGAAUACUCUAAGGACAAAAAAAAGUUCAUGAAAAAUGCAGAGGACUGCACAAAGAAGUAUGGAGAGAAACGUCCUGCUGACUAACAACAGAACAAUUGUAAUAUUUUUCACUUCGAAUUACUUUUAAAUGUGCUUGUACAUUACGACCAAUAAGCACAUGGAUUGUCUGUUAUUUUGAUGUCAAACUGAUAUCAUUUCUGAUGACAAUAAGUAGAUUUAUUUGGUAGUUCUUUAGUAGUCCACCCUAGGUAGUAGCAUAUGUGUAAUUUUAACCUUCUCCCACCAUCUGAUUGUUAUAAUAAGUGCUUUGGUUUGUUAUCAGGUAUGUUUUUUGAGGGUAUUUUUCUUGUUGUCUGAGGCUAGGGAUGUAAAAGGUCAUCCUUUACUUUGUCAUCAUUAAGUUUUGCAAUAUAUAGUUAGAUAUACAGCACUCUGCCUUUAUGAUUUCGUUUGACAGAAAAAUUGAGAGAAUCGGACAAGCUUUCCAAGACUCUUUUUAGGCCAAGACAAUGACACACUUAAAUCCCCUACAUUAGUAGGCCACAUUAGAACUGUAUUUACCUAUUAUAACUUCCUUAUGAACACACAUUCUCACACAUUUUGUAUUAGCAGGACUAAACAAAUUUUUUUGGCUUUUAGUUUGAUUUCAAUCAUCAAGAUUGUUAAUAUUUAUACCAUGAAAAACAAUAUUAAACCAUGUUUCUGUA